AUGCGUUCACAGGACCUUCUUCCUCUCCUGGUAUGGGUAUCGGCUGCGGUCGCAGUCGACGUCUGGGGCCAAUGUGGCGGCAUUAACUACUCUGGAGACACAGUUUGUGUCGCUGGCACAACUUGCACAGUCCUCAAUGACUAUUACUACCAAUGUGUCCCGUCAACUGGCACAACAACCGUCAGCAGCGCAACGAAAUCCAGCGCGAGCUCGUCCACGACGGUGAAAAGCUCCAGCUCGAGCACCCGAGCAAGCUCCUCUGCGAGCGCGUCAGCGUCACAGCCUGCCCAAACUGGCUUUGUCAAAACCUCCGGCACGCGCUUCACAUUGAACGGGUCGCCGUUCACCGUCGUUGGCUCCAACGCGUACUGGCCCGCGCUCUUGGGAUACAAUGCGGCCGAUAUCAACCAGGCGUUCGCCGACAUCGCAAACUCCGGCGCGACUGUUACCCGGACGAUGGGCUUCAACGAGGUGACGAGCGCGAGCGGGAUCUAUUUCCACCUCUGGAACGGCAAGACCGCGACGGUGAAUACCGGCGCGAACGGCCUCGGCGCUUUUGGUGAGCGUUCCCCAUUCCUCGCUUGGCCAACAGCUGAUACUCGGGCGCAAGACACUCUCGUCGCGGCGGCAAAGGCACACGGAAUCCGCCUCAUUGUCGCACUGACGAACAACUGGUCGGACUUUGGCGGAAUGGAUGUUUAUACGAAUCAACUUCUCGGGACUGGCCUGCCGCACGAUACUUUCUAUACGAACCCGACUACCAUCGCGGCAUACAAAAGCUACAUCCAGGCGAUUGUGACCAGAUACCUCAACGAGCCGACUAUUAUGGCGUGGGAGCUUGCGAACGAGCCCAGAUGCGCGGGAAGCACGAGCGUCGCUUCUGCAACAUGCAAUACGACGACAAUAACCACAUGGGCUGCUGAUAUAUCGUCGUAUAUCAAGAGUAUUGACAAGAACCAUCUCGUGGCCAUCGGCGACGAGGGUUUCUUCAACCAGCCUGGAAGCCACGACUACGACUACGUCUACCAGGGAUCGGCAGGGGUUGACUUUGCGGCAAACAUGCUCAUCAGCUCUCUCGACUUCGGGACGUUCCACAUGUAUCCAGAUGCAUGGGGUCACUCCGGCACCGGCGACGUUGCCUGGGGCCAGCAAUGGAUCAACGACCACGCGGCAGUAAUGAACAGCACUAAGAAGCCCGUACUCAUGGAAGAGUUCGGGCUAACCAACUCAGGAACGACGCGCGCAGGGAACUACGCAACGUGGUACUCAACGGUUCUGAGCAGCGGGCUGACGGGGGAUCUUGUGUGGCAAGCAGGCUCGAACCUAGCGAAUGGUGGCGCGUCGCCGAAUGAUGGGUAUGCCAUAUACCCCAGCGACCCAGUGUACGCGAUGAUUGGCCAGCAUGCCGCCGCAGUCAAAGCUCGGGGGUGA